AUGCCUGAGAAAUACUAUGUCACUUACAACGAGGUGCACAAGCUGUGCCAGAAAUCCGCAGACGCGAUCCUCGAUGGUCACCAGCCGAAUCUGAUGAUUGCCAUUGGUGGCGGUGGUUAUAUCCCUGCUCGAAUCCUCCGCUCCUUCUUGAAGCGCCCGGGCGAGCCCAACAUCCCUAUCCAGGCAAUCGGUCUGUCUCUCUACGAGAAUCUCGGCUUCGACGACCCCGAGGAGGUUCCUGGAACCAAGGUUACGCGAACGCAGUGGUUGGAUUUGAGCUCUCUGGAGAUGGCCAACCUGAUCGGCAAGAACGUGCUCAUCGUGGACGAGGUGGACGACACCCGCACGACUCUUGAAUACGCUGUCCGGGAAUUGGAGAAGGACGUUGAACUUGCGCAGAAGAACCUGGGCCGUGAGGGUGAAAAGACGACGUUUUCUAUUUUCGUUUUGCACAACAAGAACAAGUCGAAGAAGGGCAAGCUGCCCGAUGAGAUGAUGUCCGCCGGCCGGUAUCACGCCGCCGUCACUACCGGCGAUGUCUGGAUCUGCUACCCUUGGGAAGCCAAGGAUAUUGACGAACAUGACGCACUCGCAAAGAAAAGCCCAGUUGUGUAG